GACCUCCACGCAGAGCUCUCUGUUCCCUGUGUUGGGAAAACUGCCUGGCUGAGCCUCCAAGUCCAGCCAGACCCCGCGUUUGAAGGGGAUAUCCUGACUCUGCGAUGCUGGGGAAGGAGGAACGCAGCACUGUCCCAGGGCACGGGGCAGGGCCUGGGAUGUGCCGAAGCUCAGACCUCACCUCAGACUCCAGGGGCCUCGCUGUCCAGCACUCCCCUCCUGAGCCCCGGGCUGCCUCUUCCCAGAGCCGUCCUGCCUCCUGUGCUGAGAGCCCACCCCUCUCGUGAGCUCCGUGGGGGGAGCCAGAGGUCAGCCCCGCAGCUCCUCUUCUCCUUCCACACGGAGGGCCACACCCUGCAGGACAGGGGCCUGCAUCCAGAACUCUGCAUCCCAGCAGCCGAGGAGGGAGACUCCGGGCUUUACUGGUGCGCGGUGGCCCUUGGGGGUGGCUGGGUCCAGAAGCAGAGUCCCCAGCUGGAGGUCAGGGUGUGGAGUAAGGGGAGGACGGGGAGACACUCCCCAGGGGCCUGGGCAGUGGGCAGUGGGGCCCCCUGGGAAUGUGGGGAGGGGUCCCUAAGGGAGGAGCCUGGGGGGUCCCGCUGUGGGGACACCCUGCGGAACCACGUGACUCCCCGUGGUGGAGCUGUCUCCUUCCUCUUCCCGGCGAUGUCAGAGCAGGAUGCUGGGAACUACGCCUGCGAGGCUGAGAACAGUGUCUCCAAAGAGACAAGCAAGCCUGAGACACUCUCCGUGGAGGGUCCUCGGGUCUUAUCUGCCCCCACUAGCAUCAAUUGGCUGGUUCCUUGGCGGCCUGCAAGCCUGCUUGGCAUGACGGUCAUUGCUGCUGCACUUCUAGGGUAUUUCAGACCCUGGAGAAAAACCGGGCCCCUUCCACCCCGGAAUCUGCCCCCCGCCCCAGGUGGAGAGGAACACCCACUGUAUGUCAAUGUUCAUUGGCAGAAUGAGAACGAUGAAGGGGUUAUCUACUCUGUGGUACGUACGAUCCCAAGGGAGAGUGAAGCCAGGCCUGCGCAGUCAGCCCGGCGGGAAAAGGUGAGAUGGGACCCCUGCUCUUUUCUCAUUCUCUGUGUGACGUCUGCUUCCUCACCUGACCUGACUCUCCCACAAGACAUUUCUGUCAUCUCCGCUGAGGUGAGAUGCCCUCAGUUCAGUGAGGUUCCAGCCAAAGGGCUGAAUAGAGGAAGCAGGACCCAGCAAGAUCCCAUUAGUGACUGCGAGGAGGUCCUCUGCUAGUGACGGCAUCUCCUCCCCCCAACACACACACCCAUCCGCAGCCCCCAGCGCUCCCCAGGAGGCCAGGGGACCCCAGCCUCUUCUGUGGUCCUCCAGUUCCCCAGCCCAGCAGCCAGAACCGCCCCCCCACCGUUUGUGGAGCACGUCAGAAAACUCUGUUACCCCUUACAUGUUUAAAAAGAUACAUGGUUGUAGAAUCUAUUUGUUAAUAAAGGUGUAUCAAUUUGUUUCA